CACACAACCACCUUCCAAUAAUGUACACUUUUAAACACCGCGGCAUAAGACAACCGAGCUCAUCUUUCGAAACGACGUUAUCAUCAUUAUCUCUUAAACCACCAUGACCACCAUCAAAACCCAGCUGGUCGUCUUCGACUUUGACUGGUCAAUGGCAGAUCAAGACACUGAUCGCUGGAUAUUCGAAGUCUUGGCACCUGAUAUUCGCAGAAAGAUGAAAACCCUCAAAGAGAGCGUUCAAUGGACCGAUCUCAUAGCACAGUCGUUGCAAGAAAUCCAUUCACGCGGCAGGACGCGUGAGGAGAUCGAACAUACCCUCCGUCAAAUGCCCUUCCACCCCGCGAUGGUACGCGGUGUCACUAACCUCAAGGGCGCGUCCAACCCCACCACCACAUUCUUUUGCCUCUCUAACGCGAACUCUGUUUUCAUCAACACUAUUCUCGAGUCAAAAGGGCUGCAAAACCUGUUUGAAGAGAUCGUGACUAACCCUGCAGAGUUCGAACCUUCGGGUCUGCUCAAGCUCCGUCGUAGAGUCGACCCCCACGGGCCUCAGCACAGCUGCGCAGUCGGAUGCAGCCCCAACAUGUGUAAAGGCGAAGAGCUUACCGCAUUUUUGGAGCGCCACAAGCCUGGCUACGACCGUAUCGUUUAUGUUGGAGAUGGAUCCAAUGACUUUUGUCCUAUCCUCAGAUUACGAAGCCAGGAUAUGGUGCUCUGCCGGCGGUUCCGCGGCCUCGAGGGCCGUAUUUCUCGAGAGGGCGGUCAUCAAUGCCAGGUCAAGUACUGGGCGGGCGCUUGGGAGGUCGAGGAGAUCUUUAAUCAAUUUAUAGAGAAGAAUUGAUGGCGGCGAUGCUGCUGGAUGGCGUCGAUAUUGUCAUAUUAAAGCGAUCUACAGAGUCUUCAUAUUCAUAUUCUAUCCUGCUUGGGGCUGGGCUGCGAGAAUGUUACCGGUGCCCUGGUUCAACACAAUGGGUCUAUAUGUUAUUUCAAACAUCUCUCGCGCAUGGCAUCUAGAUGCGAUCAAGACUCGGCCCCGCAAGUGUUUAAGCGCUAAUGACCAGCAUUACACAUUUCAUACACAUCAGAACAGUAUGGGCCGGUCCAGUGCCAUUUUCAAUUCUUCAAGCCUCGCUGAAGCCUCAUCGAUGAACUCUCUUCCGGUUGUUGGCUCUUCCGAUGCGACCGAGGAUGACUUGAAAGCUAAAGCCUCCGGCCCCAUUAAUGUCAUUUUU